AACGUCAAAUUGAACAAUGCAAAGAACAGCUGACGGAUACGAAAAAAGUCCCUCGAACCAAAAUUAUCAACAACAAUAAUACAGUGAACGGUAGUAGCCGCUCGCAAAAGAUACCGCAAAAUCAGGAAAAAUAAUUAUUUUAAAAAUAUAUUUUCGUUUUGAUGCGCUUCGCAACGAUGGUCAAGUUCAAGAAAAUUUUAACGAGUCUUUUCCCCAAAUCAAGUUCCAAAUUAGAAACGGAUGCGAGCAUUAUUCCACGAAGAUCCGAUCCUACGAAUGUUGAAAGUGAUAAAAUCGAAUUGCAAAGCAACGAGCUAUGUAAUGUAGGUAAUGAAGCGGCUAUAACUAUUGAUACGCCAGGUUCUUCGUCGGACCAGUCACUUAUAGCAACUUCUGUUGCGGAUCCUGAUGUAUUGUCUCGAAGUAUCGUCAACAAUGUGCAAAAUAACAAUUUAGUGGCAUCUCAGACAUCCAUAACUAACGCACCUGGUAUUCAGAUAUACCAGAUAAAAAAUACGCGUAAUAUUCAUAUUGGAGAUACAUUAACAAUUUACACUGGCGAAGAUCGUACUAAAUCAAGCAGUGUUAAUGGCAGUGUAAGAUGGGAAAACCUCAAACUUUCAGGGAGUAUCAAACAUAUGAUUGAAUCAAAUGACGACAUGGAUACUGAGAUGAUGGGCACAAUAUCUAGGCACCUUGGUUAUGAAUGGAAGAGUUUUGCCAGGUUUCUGCAGUACUCUCAAGGUCAAAUUGAAGCGUUUGAGUGUGACUACCCAACAUUGUCCGAGCAAAUUUAUCACUUUGUUCUUGACUGGACUAGAAAUGAUGAUGAGCCAACUCUUGGGAAGAUUGUUAAACUCUUGUGGGAACAAAAGCACAAGGAAACCGUUUAUCAUAUGAAAGUUCUAUGGAAAAAAAGAAAAAGUUCACCCGAUUAAUCUUAUUUCUUGAGUACUUUUCUAAAUGGUUUUAAGUGACAGAAGUAAGCGAACGGUAACUAGAAUUACAACUCGUACUUAAGCAUUUUGUAUAUUUUUGCAGUACUAACCAAAUUUUCAACUGCAUCUAUAACAUACAGAAUUUCAAUGUGAGGAAUUAUUUUAUUAUGUCAUAAUUUGAAACUCGGAGCAUGUCAAUUUCAAGAGGCGUUCACGUGAAAUAUUUCAAUACCCCAUAUUAACAACCUUUGAUUAGCUAAACUGAACGAAAGAAAGACCAAUUUAUUAUAAACCAAGUUCGAUUUCAAACUUCUAAACAUAUGCGUUAUGUUGCGUAUUGCUUGCAAGUACGUUGCCACUUAGAACUUUUUACAUCAGUGCUCGACUCAGGACCAUGUGUAUAUAUAUCUCACAUUGUUUUGUGUGAAAGUUGACCCACUUUUUUAUAAAUAAAAUAUGUUAAACUUUA